CUUUGCUUUAAGAUAAACCCACAAUGUUGGUUUGGCUAUCAAGACAUGAUACUGGUCUUUGAGGUUAUGUGAGAUUGUUAAGAAAUUGAAAGCUCUGUGUUUCAGAAUGAGAUUGUCGUUGAGGUUGUGGCUUGCGAGUGUACUCGUGCUGACACAGCUUGUGAGUGGAGCUCUCUGUUGGGGGAAGGAAGGUCAUUACACUGUCUGCAAAAUAGCCGAGGGAUACUUUGAGGAUGAUACUAUAGCUGCCGUGAAGAAGCUUUUGCCUGAAUCUGCUGAAGGAGAUCUAGCAGCUUUUUGCUCAUGGCCUGAUGUAAUCAAACACCUCUCGCAAUGGAAAUGGACUAGUGUGUUGCACUAUGUUAACACACCUGAGUAUAGAUGCAACUAUGAAUAUUGUCGUGGGUUCAUCUUUUUUUCCUUUAACUUUAUACACGUUUCUGUUUCCAUUGUAUAUGUAUUUGCAUUUAAAUCUAUAUAUGUUCUUUUUUUCUUCUAUGAAGGGGACUGCCACGACGCUAAUAAGCACAAAGACUGGUGUGUGACAGGAGCAAUCUUCAAUUACACAAACCAAUUAAUAUCUGCUUCUAAAAACUCACAGAGUUUAGUCCACUACAACUUGACAGAGGCUCUCAUGUUCUUAUCACAUUAUAUGGGAGAUGUUCAUCAGCCCUUGCAUACUGGUUUUCUUGGAGAUCUAGGUGGUAACACUAUAAUAGUCAAAUGGUACCAUCACAAAACAAAUUUGCACAAUGUCUGGGAUAACAUGAUAAUUGAGACUGCUCUAGAAACAUACUACAACUCAAGCCUUCCAAGCAUGAUUCAAUCCCUUCAAUCCAAACUCAAGAACGGCUGGUCAAAUGAUGUUCCAUCAUGGGAGUCAUGUCAACUUAACAAAACGGCCUGUCCAAAUCAGUAUGCUUCUGAAAGCAUUGAUCUUGCCUGCAAGUACGCAUACAGGAACGCUACCCCAGGGACUACUUUAGGAGAUGACUAUUUCCUCUCUCGUUUACCAGUUGUAGAGAAGAGACUUGCUCAAGGUGGGAUUCGCUUGGCAGCCACUCUUAACCGCAUCUUUUCUGCAAAACCGAAGCUUGCUGGAUCAUGAAACUAAGAAAAAGAUCCUAGAGAACCCCCACUUGGAUCAUCUAAGUCCAAGAACACUUUUUUAUAAGUCUUUCUAAACACUGUGAUUGGUUGAGUGAACCUCCAACAAUUAUAGUCAGAUAACUUUGGUGUUUUGGGAAAAGAUUCCAAUAACAAAACACACACUAUUAAUGGAUAACAUUACAAUAUACAUAAUACAUUUUUUAAAAAGUGGUAAUA